AUGUCAUCUCCUCAACAGAUUGCUGAAGAAGCUAUUCAAAACAACAAGGUCAUUGUAUUUAGCAAAAGCUACUGUCCUUACUGCAAAAAGGCAAAGGCUUUAUUAAGCUCCCUUGAUAUCGAGUUUGCAGUUAUCGAAUUGGAUUUACAUCCCCAAGGUGAGGCAAUCCAGGCCUAUCUUUUGGAAAAGACAGGCCAACGCACUGUUCCCAAUGUCUUUGUUAACAAGACGCACGUUGGUGGUUCUGAUGAUCUAGCCAAGGCUGAAAGAGAUGGCACCCUCCAAAAGCUUCUUGCUCAAUAA